GGGGACUCUAAACUACGCGCGGCUCUUCCUCGGAAAAGUUGGAAUAUCCUGCAGUUUUACCUUCCUGGAAGUUCUAAUAUCUCGUUUGAUCAUGCAUCUACGGUCAUGCAGGAAGUUACAUUGGCCAGUUCUCGAACAGACUUUCGGGACAGGCUCAUGUAUCGGCUUCCUCCAUCGUGGCGUCUUGCCAAGCUAAGAUUCCGCAAAGACGGAGUAUUGCUGCCUUUUGGUGACUCUCGUGAGGAUUUCACCGUUCCCAACCCGACGUUCUUCCGAGGUCAAUACACAUGGCCAAUUUCGGAUUUCGCAGAUCCUCUCCACGGAUGGAGGUUGUCUGAAGUCUUGCAAGAUUCCUACUGUCCUAAAAGUGACAUAUAUGGUCAACUUUACUUUCACAUCAAAGGACUGCUGUUGAACUUCUGCGAGAAAAUAACGACUCACCAUCUAAGUAUCGAUCUCUUCCACAUCGACGCGGUGGAUCUACCCAAAACACUUGGGCUAUUCGGACCACUUCUCAAGAGCCGACACCAGAACCCGAAAGCCACUCUACUCACACUCUUCCUCGAUGCUACCUACGAGGUGUGCACUAUCCACGAUAAAGAAUCCACCAUGUUUCACCGCAUGAUGAAAGUGUACCCAUACUCAUCGAGAGGAAUGAUGCAACCUUUCCAUUGUAAGCUUAAGAGUAUUGGCAAUGGUCUUAGCUUGGGAAUGAAGACAACAAAUACGGUUGUGGAGAAAUGGCCAACGCGGUUGAGCGAGCACCCAACGAAGGAUGAGUUUAAUAUGCUCUUUUGGUCCAGGCACCAAGGAACAGAGAGAUAUGUGGAAUGGUAUCGGAAAGAGUAG